AUGAGGCCACCAGAACAGGAGCUUGAAUACCUUGGGGAUCCUGAGACUUCCCCGCUGAGGGACUCAGGCAGCAGCCAUAGACCUACCCCUCUGGGCUCCUCAGAAGAAGAAGGGAGGAAGCAAAGAGGGGUGGGGGGUCCCUACUUCUUCAUUCAACUGAAUGAGCUCCUGGGAAGCCCUCAAAACCAGGAAUGGAGAGAAACAGGCAGAUGGAUGUUGUUUGAAGAGAAGCUAGACCUAGAGGCCAGACGUUGGAGCAGCCCACAUGUGCCCAUCCUGUCCCUGUCAAGCAUCUGGGAGCUUCGGGCCCUGCUGACCACAGGCCUGGUCCUCUUAGACUGUCCUGUACAAAGUCUCUCUGAGCUAACAGAACAGGUGACCAGGGUGGAAUCAUUGAACCCAGAAGUGAGAGAGAGGCUGAAAUCAGUCCUGCUCCAGAGACCUCAGCACCACAUGCAGCCCAUGUGUUGGUCAGCUGCCAGGAGACUUGGCACAAGACUCUGCAGGGGUGGGCAUCCUACUGAGACUCCUUCUUCUGCUGAAGAGCCACCCCUGAAGGAACAGCUACACAGCCCUCUGUGGCAGAAGCUGCCUCCUGGGACCGAGGCUGCGGCUGUGCUGGUUGGAGAGUUGGACUUCCUGACGCAGAGACUGGGAGUCUUUGUGCAUUUUCCGGAGCCAGUGGUACUGGGGACUUUGACAGAAGUGCCCCUACCCACCAGGUUUGUCUGUAUCAUCCUUGGUCCCCCAGCCCUGGGUAAAGACUAUCGUGAGAUGGGCAGAUCUGUGGCUGUUCUCCUGAGUGAUCAGUUGUUUCGUAGGUCAGCCAGCCAGGCCAGUGGUCCCCAAGACCUUAUCUCUGCAAUGGAUACCUUCCUAGAAGAGGUGAUGGUGCUGCCCCCUGGCGGAGGAGACCUCACAGAACGGAUCCCUCCACCAAAGUGCCUGUCUAUUUUGCACAAGAGGCUUCCUUUACAGCUCCGGGAGCCCAAGGACUCUUGCAAUGGAAAUACUAACCCCAAGAGGGAUAGGCAUGGCUAUGAGCAUGAGCCUCAGCCUGUUAGCAAGGAGCUCCAGAGGACGGGGAGACUGUUUGGGGCUUUGGUACAGGAUAUAAGAAGGAAGGCCCCCUGGUACCUGAGUGACUUCUCAGAUGCCCUGAAUGUUCAAUGCUUUCCUGCUGUACUCUACAUCUAUCUGGCCACGAUCACCAAUGCUAUCACCUUUGGAGGGCUACUGGGUGAUGCCACCGACAAUUUCCAGGGCGUGCUGGAGAGCUUCCUAGGCACUGCUGUGGCGGGGUCCAUAUUCUGCCUCUUUGCCGGACAGCCUCUUACCAUUCUCAGUAGCACAGGGCCUGUCCUUGUCUUUGAGAGGAUACUCUUUGCUUUUAGCAGGGAUCAUGGCCUAGACUAUCUACCCUUCCGUCUGUGGGUGGGGAUCUGGGUGGCAUUCUUCUGCCUGGUGCUGGUGGCCCUGGAGGCCAGUGUCCUGGUGCGUCAUUUCACCCGCUUCACAGAAGAAGGUUUCUGUGCCCUCAUCAGCCUUAUCUUCAUCUAUGACGCCAUUGGCAAGAUGCUGAGCCUCAUGGAGGCCUACCCUAUCUACCGACCUGGCAUCUCUGGAGAUACUGGCGUUGUCCCUUAUGGCUGCCUCUGUUACUUCCCAGACACAAAAGGGAACGCGUCUUUGUGGAAGGGGCAGAGCCCAGAGGACAAAGAUGCUGCUCUGAGGAUGAAGGACCUAGGCCUUGGCAAUGUGUCUCUGCUGUCCCCACCUGAGUGUGCCCUUCAAGGAGGCCAACCAAGAGGUCUUGGCUGUCACUUUGUCCCGGAUAUUGCCUUCUUUUCCCUCCUACUUUUCUUUGCCACCUUCCUCUGUGCCACCAUCCUCAAGCACUUCAAAUCCAGCCAUUUCUUCCCCUCCAGGGUACGGAAGGUGAUCAGUGACUUCUCCAUGGUCCUCGCCAUCCUGCUAGGUUGUGGACUGGAUGCUUCCUUUGGCCUCAGCACACCCAAGCUCAUAGUGCCCAGUGAAUUUAAGCUCACUCAUCCUGGUCGGAGGUGGCUAGUACCAUUGUUUGGAGCCAAUCCUUGGUGGCUGUGCCUGGCUACAGCUCUGCCAGCCCUUCUGAUGUCUAUCCUUGUCUUCAUGGACCAGCAGAUUACUGCUGUCAUCCUCAACCGAAAGGAGUACCAGCUUCAGAAGGGUGCUGGAUUUCACUUAGACCUGUUCUGGGUUGCCAUGCUGAUGCUGUUGACCUCAGCCUUAGGGCUGCCCUGGUACGUCUCCACUACUGUCAUCUCACUGGCCCAUAUGGAUAGUCUUCGUCGGGAGAGUGCAACCUGUGUUCCUGGGGAGCUGCCCCACUUCCUGGGCAUCAGGGAGCAACGGCUUACAGGCCUAGUCGUCUUCAUCCUCACCGGUGUCUCCAUCUUUCUGGCCCCUGGGCUCAAGUUUAUCCCCAUGCCUGUGCUCUAUGGCAUCUUCUUUUACAUGGGAAUGGCAGCACUGAGCAGCACCCAGUUCUUAGAACGUGUGAAGCUGCUGCUGAUGCCAGCAAAACAACAGCCAGACCUGUUGCUUCUAAGGCACGUGCCUCUCAGCCGAAUCCACCUCUUCACAACAGUACAGCUGGUCUGCUUGGGUCUACUCUGGGCAGUCAAGUCUACAGCAGCUGCCAUUGUGUUUCCCCUCAUGCUGCUGGGCCUGGUGGGGAUCCGCAAAGCCCUGGAGAGGAUCUUCUCACCACAGGAGUUAAGCUGGCUAGAUGACCCAGUACAAGAAGAAAAUGAGAAGAAAGUGCAGGAAGAGAAGUCUGAGUUGAUAUAUCAGCUGAGGGCUCCAGAAAUUAACAUCUCUGUGAAUUAG